UUAACAUUUAAUUAAUUCCAAUUGUUGCCAAUCAAUUUAAAGAAUUUAGUCAACUAAUUAAAUGGUAGAUGUCUCUCUUAUCUUGUUGAUGGAUUUUCAUGUUGUGUUGAUUUUUGUUUUGAUACAUUUUCCAUAUUUAGUGAUUGAUUGAUUAGUUGAUUGUUUAUCCAUCUGGUGAUUUAAAUGUUUGUUUUUAUGGUGAAUUUUUGAUUAUUGUGGCGGAAAUAAAAAGUUAUCGCUAUUGAUGGCCUCGUAUUUCCCUGACACUGACAGUGAAGAUGAAUUACCUUUGGGUUGGGAGGAAAGGGUUGAUCUUGAUGGACGCGUUUUCUUUGUUGACCAUUUGAGUAAAACGACCCAAUGGUUACACCCGAAAGACGGAAAGGCCAGAAAAGUACCUGACGAAUUUCCUUAUGGAUGGGAGAAGAAAAUUGAUGACAAUGGAGAGAUAAUCUUUGAAGAUCGGAUUAAUAAAAAGAAAACGCUUACUGAUCCUAGAUUAGCAUUUUCUUAUGAGAUUAAACCUGAAGGCGAAGUCAAACAAAGAUUUGAUUCUUCAGCUACGACCAACAUUGUCCUUAAUGGACGAGACUUAACAAACAAAGUUACAAUUGUCACUGGAGCUUCAAGUGGAAUCGGACUUGAGAUCACCAGAAGUUUGGCUUUUCAUGGAGCUUCAGUUGUCAUGGCCUGUCGUGAUUUAGACAAAACCACUGCCACAAUCAACCGAUUAAAGGCUAUUCGGCCAAAUAUUAAGUUGAUUCCGUUAGAAUGUGACCUGUCCAGUUUCAGGAGUGUUCGACACUUCGUCCAAGAAUUUCAGAAAUUAAGUUUGCAACUUGACUUUCUCAUUUGUAAUGCUGGAGUUUUUGGUUUACCAUUUGGACUUACUGAAGAUGGAUUUGAACAAACAUUUCAAAUCAAUUAUUUAGCUCAUCUUUACCUAAUCAAAUUACUCCAAGAUAAUUUGGUUGCUUCAUCUCCUUCCAGAAUAAUUCUCAUCUCAUCGGAAAGUCAUCGUUUCAGCAAUUUAAGUAUCGAUGAUAUUUCAAUUGAACGUCUUUCUCCCCUUUCAUCGAGAGCUUUCAAUUCACUUGAAGCCUACAAUGAUUCUAAAUUGUGUCUUAAUUUAAUUAGCCGAUAUUUGGCUCGGAUGUUUCAAAACUAUGGUGUUACCGUUCAGUCUUGUCACCCUGGGAAUAUGAUUUACACUGAUUUACCAAGAAAUUGGUGGUUUUAUAAGUUACUAUUCAGUUUUGUUCGUCCAUUCACCAAAUCAAUUGAACAAGGAGCAGCUACUCCCGUUUAUUGUGCCACUUCAAAGGACUUGGAAAAUGUAUCUGGCCUUUAUUUUAACAACUGUACACCCUGUAAUCCAUCACCGAAAACAGAAAAUGAUCAACUAAUUCAUACACUUUGGAAAUUAUCUGAAUCAAUGAUCGAAUCUCGAUUGAAACAAUUAUAAGCAAAUCAGUACAAUUCCAAACUAACAACAAUCAAAUAUUAUAACUGAUUACUAAUCAAAUUAUCUUUUCUACCAACUUUUAAUCCAAAUUAUUACUUGAAUCAUUUUUUAAUCAGCUAAUUGUUCAAUACAAAUAACAAAUAAAAAGUCUCAUUACCAAGAAAAGAAAAGAAAA